AUGGAUGAUGACAUGGUGGACAAUGGGGAAACAUGGAACCUGAGCACCAGGGACUCAAGCAUUCCAGAAGAAUCCCCCAAACUUGCACAUCCUCCUUAUUUCCUAUGGCAACAAACUCCAAACCAUACUUCCACAUCUUUCAACACAAUAUUUAGUGUUCCUGGCAUAUGUGAUUUUGCUGCUUCGGUAUCUAAUCCCCACAACUACAUCUUCUUCAUUCAAUGUCUUCCCGGGCACAUCAAAAUAGGAGGUUCAGUUAUUGAUGGGAAGCCUGAUUUUCCACCAAGGAGGAACCACAGUCGCCUUUGGUUGCCUGAGAACAGACACUCCUCUCUGGAGCUGGGAUUUGGUGUUCAUACUUCCUCAGAUAAUAUAACUUCUCUAGUGUUUGAUUUUGGGGAUGGUACUGUAGUUCAAGUCAGCAUCAAAGAAGGGUCUGAUGAAGUAGAAAUCAUUGCUUAUCACCAAUAUAGAAAAGAAGGUACAUAUAUGAUCAAAGUGAUUAUUUUCAAUGAGUUUCAUGGCACUGAAAAGGAGUUAGGACCUUAUUACAUAGAAAUAUCUCAAGAAGAUUUGGUGGUAUUCAUGAAUUCUAGCAGUGUCCAUAAGGAUGAAGUUAUACUUUUCUCCAGCACCUUCCAAAGAACAACAACUAGAAUAUAUACCAGAAGAUCUGUUGUUAUGCAUAGAUUUUCAUCUAUUUCUUCAUAUGAUAUAUUUUUAAUGGCACCAGAUAGAGAAAGUGGUUGCCUAGCUUGGGCCAGUGUGAAUGUUCAAUAUCAAAUGCAAGCUGUUUCUAUCUUUACUAAUGGAACAGUAUUUGCCACUGAUUAUGAAAUCACAUUUUCUGUUCUUACAAAUGAAACAAGUCCACUUGAAUUUGUUUGGCAUUUUGGAGAUGGUUCAUGGGGGAGAACAACUUCAAGAAGUAUUAAAAAAAGAUAUAGCAUUCCCAAGAGGUAUCAUGUAAUAGUUAAUGCUGCCAAUCAGAUCAGCUCUGUCGCCUCUCACAUUCACACUAUCAGUAUAGAGAGGAAAAUUGUUCCAAAUCGGCUUGUAUCCAGCUCGUCAGCUCUGAUAAAUUCCAGUGUGAGUUUUGAGUGCAGAAUCAAUUUUGGUACAAAUGUUACUUACUUGUGGAACUUUGGGGAUGGUAUUAUCCAUCUUGGGAAAUGGACCGAGAAGCAUAUAUAUAAGAGGGGAGGAGAAUUUACAGUGGAGGUUCUUAUCUUUAAUAGUGUCAGUUCUGCUGCUCUAAAAAAGCAAGUUUUCAUCGUGCCCCAACCUUGCCAGCCACCUUUGGUGAAAAACAUGGGGCCUGGGAGAAUACAGAUUUGGCGACAUCAACCUCUUAAGCUUGGAGUUACUUUUGAAGUUCCCAUUCAAUGUGACAUUUCCCAAGGCCUUGAUUACAGUUGGUCCUUAAUAAAGUCUGAUGGCUCACUAGUAUUGUUUCCGGCUGCCCUCAACCAGCACAGACAAACCAUUCUUCUUCCCAGCUACUUUCUUGAAUAUGGAAACUAUACUGCAUUUGCAAAGGUUAAAAUAAAAGGCAAUGUGGUGUAUAGUAAUUAUUCUGUAGAUAUUGAGGUGAUUUCUCGGCCACCUGUCAGUGUGAUUUCAGAGGGGACACACUUGAUGAUCUCUAAGACCCCCUUUUCUAUUGUUGUACUCAAUGGCUCACAGUCCUUUGAUCCUGAUGAUCCUGGAACUCAUUUAAAGUAUUACUGGAAAUGUGCCCCGGCAAGUAAACGAAAUCAGAUGUGUUUCAACUCUCCCAGAUAUAGUUUAUUCAACAGCAGUGCAUCUAUCAUCAGUUUCCCAGCAUCACUUCUUAAUGACUCCUAUGAUCAAUUUUUAGUGACACUAACAGUGUCAAAUGAAAAUCAAAACUCUUCUGAAGCCCAGAUGUUCUUAUCAGUUCAAUCAGACUCUACAUUCAGACCACUCUACAUUUCUUGGGUCAACUUUAAAGACAAUUCUGUGAACUGGAAUGAAGAAUUUUCUCUCCAAGUGAAGUGUGAAGAAUGCACCAACAUGCCUAACAUUUCUUAUUCUUGGGAUCUUUUUUUAAUCAAUGCAACUGAAACAAAUGACAUAAAAGUUUCCUUUUGUAGGGCUGCAGAUCUGCUAAGCCCAUCAAGCCUUGUUGAUGCCAUCUUCACAAUUCCAAAGUCAAAUCUACAAAUGAGUAUUCCUGCCCUUACAACCACACCCUUCCCAAGAGAUAUUCCUGGGCAGUCUAUCAGGCAGCUGACCCAGUUAGCUCAAGUGAAAACCUCAAUUUCUGCAGCAUCCAUAAACAUUACAAUUGGAUUUCAUCAUGCAAGUGAUACCAGUCACAGGGAGAGCAGCAGUCCCUCAGCUAUGGAAGAUCAGGUACUGGAAAGGCUACUUAGCCCAAUUAGAGGCUUACAAGAAAAAAAACCUGUCAUAAGAUCCAUCCAGAGAGAAAAGUCAGCAAACAGUGAGCUACCACAAAAUUCUUCUUACAUUUCUGAUUUUGAAGCUUAUUAUAGCGAUAUCAAGGAGGCAAUAGAAACAUCAAGAGGAAGACAACCAGGGGGUAGUAUCAGUAUUACAGAAUCAAGGGAAAAUGAAGAGCCAGAUACUGUGUCAGACAAUGAUGAUGGUUACAAUCUAAUUGAUUCAUCUUACUCCACUGAAAAUAGAGGACCAUUGCUUAUGGUGGAUUGGUCCAAAUCAUUAAUUAGUAGAUCUGUUUUUCAAAGCUACACAUCUUCAGGUAUUACAUCAAGAACUGUUACAUUUAAACCAUUUUCCCUGAGAGGUGGAGAGACUUAUGUGCUACAAGCUUCUGUGGUCUCAAGCCACAGACCAUUAGGCAAAGCACAGUUAUAUUUUACUGUCAAUGAAGUUCCAAAGGAGAUGGAAUGCCAAGUACAGCCCAUUCAUGGUUAUGAGGCUUAUACAAUCUUCAGUGUUUUCUGCAUGUCUGGGAAAGCAGAUUAUCUCUAUGAAUUCAGCUACCAAAUAGGAAAAUCCUCCAAAAUACCUUUAUAUAGAGGAAGAGAUAUACAAUAUUACUUUACUUUGCCAGCUGGUGAGCUUGUUGACAAAUACAAAGUAACAGUCUAUACUGAGAUCACAAACAGAUAUGGCUCUAAAUCUCAUCCCUGUGCUGUGAAUGUGACAGUAUUGCCAAGUUUCCAUAGGAGCAUAUCAUCUUUGAAUUACAGGCCAGAAGAGGAUCUGUAUAAUUCAGGACUAAAAAACCUAACCACUCUUCUACUUAUGGGGAACUUUGGAGAAAUUAGAAAUUAUAUCACAAUGCUAACCAGUAUCCUGAAUGAUUUCUAUACAGAAGACCAAAGUUCUACAUUAAGCCUACAGUCACAAAUGAGGAAUUUAUUGAUUUCUUCAGUAUGUACUUUAUCUUUUCAGGAUCAGGAAGAAAUGGCUGAUUCUAUUCUAAUGCUGAAUGAACUAAUAAGUAUCUCCAAACAGGUAACAUUUAGUAGUACAGUUCUGAUCAUCAAAUAUGUCAGAAAAUUAAUUGAUCACAGCAACUUAUCUGGGCAAUUUGUGAUGAAUAAGGAGUUGAUGUCCAACGUGAUCUUUCUAGUAUCAAGGGCACUGGAGGUGAAAGAAAAGGAAAAAUCCAGGAAUGCAAAGUAUUUCAGAGAAGGAAUUAGAAACAUUGUAUUCUUGCUAUUGGUAAGUCAUUUUUCUUCUCACAGAAAAAUUGCAUUUAUUUUAUAUUCUAAAAUGUUUAUUUCUUUUCCAGUGGCCAUUAGGACUGAUCUUGCUAAAGGGCUUUCUGCAUUAUCUCAAUGUCAUGAGAAUUCCAGAGUUCUACAUUCUCCAGAACUGUAUGACUGCUUAUACAUAAUGAUUCAAAGUUUUUUUUUCUUUUUGACAUGGCUUUGUGUUUUGUUUCAGAACUAUGUGUCUUCAGGUAAAGAAUUUCAGUUUAAUAUUAGCACUGGACAGAUGGCAUUCCAGACCAACCUGCAUUACACUUUUCACAACUCUGUUGAGCAUGUUGGCUCUGUUAAGGUCCAUUUACCAGAUGACCUAGAUGAGUACAUUUCUAAAGGAAUGGGAUUGCACGGCCAGUGCUACAUCAGUCAGUUAAUAUACUUCAAAGAAUAUCCAUAUUUGGAGGAAAUAGUUCCUGUUCAGACUGGUGGGGUCAUGGUUGCCUUGAGCCUCUACAACUGCACUAGCAAAAGGAAGAUCAGUAUAAAAAGGCUGACAAGUCCAGUGACAGUAGCAUUUGAGAAAAGUGAUGCUCAGGAUGAUGAGCAAAAUAAGACAAUAUUUUCAUUGUUUCGUGACAAAGUGAACUUACAUUAUUUCUCUGGGCUUCCUGAGACCUCCCAGGAAUCUCUACAGAUAGUAGUAGAAUUUUCUAAAACCAUCUUAAGAACUUUCCCCAUAAUGCUGCUUGUCAGGUUCUCUGAAAAACCUACUAUUUCAACUUUUAAUGUGAAACAGAUUCACUCUUGGGAUGAACAAGUUGUUCAGAUUUAUAUACCUGCUGUUUCCCUGAAAGAUGCAGCAUCUGGUUAUUUAUCCUUGUUAGAUGCUGAUUAUGACCAAAAGCCUACAAACAAAUAUCUAGCUGACAUUGUGAACUAUACAGUUAGUUUUCACUGGAUCCGAUGCCUGUUUUGGGAUGAGGACAGAGAAUGGAAAUCAGAUGAUUCUUAUCCACAACAAGGAACUUCUCCACAAACAGUGAAUUGCAGUUAUAAUCAUUUCACAACAUUUACUGUUGUAAGAAGAAAACUAAAAGCCAACUUUGAAAUUAAUGAUGUAUCUCUAUUAAGGAGCAUCCCACAAAACCUGUUUCCCAGUAUUCUUGUUCUGCUUUCUCUGCUUCUUUUUGCUUUUUUGGCCAUUGCAAGCAAGCGUAGAGACCUACAUGAACAAAAGAAGAAUGGAUCCAUUUUCUUACAGGGAAACUCCCAGGCUAGAGACAAACAGGUCUAUUUAGUCAUUAUUGACACAGGUUUUCGAGCCCCAGCACAGUUGACUGCAAAGGUUCACAUUGUUUUCUAUGGAGAAUAUGAAUUUUCAGAGACAAGAGAGCUCUAUUGCCCAGAGAAGCCCCUUUUUGAAAGGAACUCCAGACACACCUUUAUAGUAAGUAUUCCAAAUAAUCUAGGCCCACUUUGGAAAAUUCACCUUUGGCAUGAUAACAGUGGAUGUUCUCCAAGGUGGUAUAUCAGCCAUGUAAUUGUGAAAGAUCUGAUUACGGGAGCAAGUUGGUUCUUUCCUGCUGAGUGCUGGUUAGCUGUGAACAAGUGGGAUGGGAAAGUCGAUCGAGAGCUCACACCUCUCAAAAGUGGACUUGGUUUCAGGAAACUUUUGUACUCCAAAUUCACUGAGUACCUAGAAGAUUUCCACAUGUGGAUAUCAGUAUAUAGCUGUCCGUCGUAUAGUUGCUUCACUCAUACUGAAAGGCUCACAGUUUGCCUUUUCUUGGUAUUAGGAUAUAUGUCUCUCAAUGCUGCAUUAAUUGCCAUGCAACAAGAAGAGUACUUUCCUGAAGUUGGCCUCCUUGAUGUCUCUGUAGUCUCCUUAAUGAAUGGCAUGCUCUCCAUUUUCAUCAUCUCCCCAGUGGCAUUAUUACUAUCUCUACUAUUCAGACUCAGUGAGAAAAUCACUAGGAAUCCCAUUGAUAACCAAUAUAAAUCCCAAAGAGGAUCGCCAACAUAUUCAGCAAAGGGCCAUGAUUUCCAUCAAUGGACACAGAAUAAAUAUGAGCAAAAUGCUUUGGAGGAAUUUACUCUGGUGGCUUCCUCUGGAAAUGAAAAUGAGAAAAAGGAAGAAAACAGUGCUGCCUUUGUCAGAUACUCCAGGCAUUUUGGAGACUACAGCAUUGACCUUGAUAUUCCAAAAGGAUCCCAUGCUCAUUCCAAAUGCCCCUCAGAGUCUAGCAAUGAGUUAGAAGAACCUACUCCACGAAAACUGAUGGUUCUUCCUCCUUGGUUAACCUAUGUUGCUUGGGCCACUUGUGGACUGAUUUCUAUUGCUUGUGGGUUGAUGGCAGGACUACUAGGAUAUAGGUUUGGUCCUUCAAAGUGCAUCCAGUGGAUCCAUUCUGUGUUUUUUUCCAUUGUGGGUUGUAUUUUUGUUGCCCAACCACUCAUGAUAUUCUUUGUGGCAUUGGCACUAGCUUGGAGAAAAAGAGACCACAAAGGUUUCUUUAUUGAGGCAUUAUAUGAUGCAACCAAGAACCUUGAAUAUGAAUUGCAUCAUCUUUCCAAGAAUCAUGCUCUGUACUCUUCAUACUGUUCUACUCCCAACACUGCAGCUGACUUUGAAAAAAUACUGGUAGCCCGUCAAAGAGCACGUUAUUUACAAUGGGUCCACCCACCAACUUUAGCCCAAUUAAAAGAAGCAAGAUGGAGAAUUAGAAAAGAAAUGCUCUUACAAACAGCAAUUAGAAACUUUUUGACCCAUAUACUAAUGCUGUUUUUACUUAUAUUUAUUAUAUUUGGAAAAAUUUCCCACCAUGAAUACUAUCUUAAUCGAGCCAUCCAAAAUGAGUUCACAAGAAAUGCUAGAAACCCUUUCAUUGACAUAAAGAAUGCUGAUGACUGGUGGAACUGGAGUUUGACAACUUUAUUGGAUGGCCUAUACUGGGAUAAAGAGAAUAACGAUGAUAUCCCAAGGAUUCAGUCUGGACCUCUUGGAGGGAAAUGCCAUCUGAUAGGUCCUUCAAUAAUUAGACAGAUAAAGUUCACCGAACAAUUUUCAAUUCCAGUUGAAGCUUCUUCUCUUUCACAUCAGCCCCAGAAUCAAGAUUAUGAAAACAUUCUUCAGUCAGAAUCAGAAAAACCGAAAGUAAUUCAGACAAAAAGAUGUCUCUCUUGUGGUCAAGUGGAAAACGAGGAAGACGAAGUAUCUGUAGUGAACCUGGGCAGAAUAAGGGCCAAAGCUUACUCAAUUCUGAUCAACCUAAGGAAUAGCGGAUGGAUAGAUAAAAGGACCAGGGAAAUCGCUACUCACUUUGUCCUUUACAACCCUCCCACCAAUCUCUUUACCAGUGUAUCCUUAUUGGCAGAGGUGUUGCCCACAGGUGACAUCAUUACAUCAUCUCUUGUGGAGUCAUUUAGCAUCUAUCACUUUCACUCUGCUCUGAGUUACUGCAUCCUGUUUUCUGAGUUGGUUUUCCUGGUAUUGAGCCUCAUUCACCUCUGCUUUCAAAUAUUCAUUAUGAUUCAAAAAGGUAUCCUUAGCUACUGGCAAAACUCAAGGAACUGGCUAGAGAUGUGCAUAAUUGGAAUGAGUCUUUCUUAUUUUGCACACUCCAUUUUUCAUUUUAUCCUUGUGGUGGAUGUGAUUGACCAGUUUCACAGGGGAUUUUUCCAAGUAUUUGUGGACUUCGAUCCUAUUUUAUCCUGGCACCAGAGGAACCGAUAUCUUCAAGGAAGCCUUUUAUUCCUCUUGUUAAUAAAAUGCCUUCAUCUCCUUGGCAUUUACAAAGCAAUUGCUCCCAGCUUGACUAUGAUGCGACUUUCCUUCUCUAACAUCAUUCUUCCACUGCUGGCUGGUGUCCUGUUUACAGUGGUCUACUCAUACCUUGGGCGAUUUCUGUUCUCAACUCAUGCUUUUCCAUUUAGAAGCUUUGCAGACUCCUUCCAAAUGCUGCUGUUGUGUUUUCUGGGAACCAAUGAGAAGGGAACAUUCUUUAGUCUUUACAAGUCUAAUCAGUAUACCACAGUUUAUUAUUAUGGGACCCUGUUCAUAGCAGUGAUCAUUUUGUGGUCUGGAAUAUUGAAAGGAGUUCUCAUUGCUUUUAGGCAAGAUGCAAAGAGAUCUUGUAGAAGUCAACCACUGGUGAGAUUCAAAGAGGUUGCUGACCAUAUUUGGGAGAAGGUGCUCUCCUCCCUGGGAAUACAAAGACCAUUGUUAGCAGUGGCUGAAAUUAUAGAGGACAGUAAUUUCUAUCUGGAUGAAUUUGAAAAUGUGUUGGAUGAACUUCUGUUGAGAGUUAAUAGCUUAUACUACAGCCUUCAUUGCUCUCCUCUAGAAAAAUCACCCAGAGACCAAGAAGAGGUUGAUCAAAAAGACAAGACCCUGGCUUAUUAUCUCAGCUCACCUUCUGUGGAAAGCAACAGAUAGCUUUGCCAUUUUUAGGUCAUGUAUUUCUUUGCACCCUUGCCAGUGGACUAUGGUGAUGGUGGCUAUUUUUCUUUGAAUUUAUUGGGUGGUAUGAAAUCAUUAGUUUUUCAUGUCCGAUGACUUCUUGGUAUGAAAAGUUAAUAAAAAUUCCUAGUAAGUUUGUAUUACUCAGAAAUUUAGAACAUUUUCCAAUUAUCAAUCAAAACUUUAUAUUGUCUAUUUCCAUUAACAGAAUAUAAAGUCUUUAAACAUGAGUGUGUGUUUUUUGUGGACAUUUUUUGUCCUCUGUAAUUCCAAGGCUCUAAUUUAAUAAAUGUAUUUAAUUAAAUAAAUGAAAAUGAAUAUCCUCGGAGCAACAAUAUUGACAUCUUUUGCAUGUGUGCACACUGUAUUAUUUCCUGUGUAGAAUUAUUUUUCCCAGAACCUUUGAGAGAACUAGAGACAGGAAAGCCAGUUUUUCCUGGUUCUCUGAUUGGCUAAAGAGGGCACCUGUGAAUGAAAGUACAUAGAUGGUGGUGCCUAUCACUUCAUACCUCAUUUUUCUGUUAUUUCCUAAAUAUAAAUGGUUUUUUAUAAUUAUAUUUAAAAACAACUGACUUUCUUUGUAAUACUAUGUAUUUUUAAAAUUAUUCUGAGUAGGAAAGCAUACCUUUCACUAAAAGAGGUUCAUGACAUAAAAAUGUUUAAGGCCCCCUAAUGUUAGAAUACUUUUUCCUUAGGGGAGCACAAGACUGCAGUUGUGAGAGGAAAUUAGAUGCUCUGCAGAAAUCCCAACUUGGGGACACAAAAAAUGUUAAUAAUGGCAGUUAGCAUGAUAGUGAUAUGAUCACAUCGAAAUUUGCUAUAGGAUAAUUAAUUCAUCCUUUUAUUCCAUACAUUAAGCUCUAUUUUGAUGAACAAAACACAAUCCUAAUCUUUAGUGUGCUCUCUGGAUAUUUAUAAUAAUCAUAGUGGUUACUGGACACCUAAACCCUUUGGAUAGAAUGGGAAAGGUGAGAAAUGGUUGGAGGGGACCUACUUCUUUUGGAGAUUACCAGUAAUUAACAACUAUAGUAGAUGUCACACUUAAGACUGGGGAAGGAGAAGAAGGUUGCAGUUCAAAUUGAGGUCUGAGCAAAGAAAUAGGAAACCAAACUAAAGUGAAAUGAAUCACUUCCAAAGACAAGAUGUCCAGAAGGCUGGGCAGGAAGUUGUGUUUUGAAACAGAGAACAAAAUACCCAGACCAGAAGAAUAUCUGCAUGAAACAGAAGUGCAAAGCAUGGGCAAUGGACAUGGAUUAUUUUUGGUCUGUUUUUUCCCUACUAGGAAUCAACUGAGAUAAUGAGAUAGUCUUACCAUGUUAGGAGUGCUGUCUCCUCAGUCAGCUGUGGUUGCACAGUGGUAAACCCAGCCUCUUAUACAUUUGUAAAUCACUCUAAGAUUUACAAAGUGCUUUUCUCAAAAAUAACACUUUGAGGGAAAUAGUACAAGUAUAACUGUCCUCAUUCUAUAGAUGAAUAAAUGGAGGUGUCGAGAGCAAAAUGACUUGACCAAUCAGUUAGCACCAAAGCAUUGACUCAAGUCCAAACUUUAACUUCAUUCCCAUGUUCUCCAUUCAAUAUAAAGAUAACAUGCAUGGCCCAUGAUCAAUGACUUUGGGUAUUUUCUUACACUUAUUUGUAUUUUCAGGGCCAGUAGUCAUCACUUUUUAUAAUUCCCAUUGAAUUCUUCUGCUGAUUCAAAACUAGCUUCUUAACAACUGUAGUCCACUUGUCUCAGGUUCAGAUGAGUCUCUCCUCUGCUCACGGAUACUUUCAUUCACCUCUACUUAACCCUUUCUCAGAAUCUCCACCAUGGCUAUUCUCAACCUACUGCUAAAACCCUAAUUAACCCCUCUCCCAUAAUCCUAACAAAUGAUCUCUUCUACUUUUUUUUUACAGGGGGUGUAAAGCUAUCAGACUUCAUCAGCAGCCCUAUUUCACUGCUCCUCUGAUCUCAGUCAUCAUUCUCCUUCCUAAGACCAAUUCCUCUACCUCUGCUCUUAUUCCCACCUCUUCCUGUAUCCUCUGGAACUUUAUUACUUUGAACUUUCCCUUUCUACUUGCUUCUUCCCCAGUGUUUUUUAGGUCUUUUUCCUUUACCCCAUGUUGGGAAUGGGGAAUCUCUGUUUUCUAUCAUCUCUUCUCUGUUUUGUUGCCCCACAUCUCAAAGGAGCAGCAUAUAUUUGUAGCUUCUGUUUUGUCACCGUCCUCUAAUUCUUCAGCCAUUUGUAAUCUAGCUUCUGUCUCUACCAUUCUGCUCAAACUUUCCUCUUCCAGAUUAGUAAUGACCUCUGAGUAGCAAAAUUAGAUGGCUUUUUUCCAUUUUUCUUGACCUUUCUUCUCACCAUUGACCACAUGCCCUGCUUCUUAAUAUUCUCUCUUCUUUUGGUUCUUUAGUACGACUAUUUUCUUGUUCUACCUCUCUUUUGCAACCUUUUUAUCGUCCUCUGUCUCUUAAAUGGAGAUACCUCCUAAGAUUUGGUCCAUAGUCCUCUUUUCUUUGAAUACUUUCUUCAUAAAUGAUCUCAUAUAAUCUCAAA